CGUGGGGCGGGAGGCGGCCAUGUCGCUAUUGUCUGCGCUGGUGCCCUUGCUCCGGGUGUACUGCAUCGGCCUUCGCGUCAUCCUGCACCAGCUGCGCCGCCGCUUCCAGCCGCGGUGCGCCCCGGCCUCAGGUACUCAUUAAUGAGUGAAGGAUCAAAAGGUGGGACGGUGGCCAAGAAGCAAUGGAGAAUAAAAGUUUAGAAGGUUCCCCAUCAGACCUAAAGUUAGUGGCUCACCCGAGAGCAAAGAGUAAAGUGUGGAAGUACUUUGGGUUUGAUACCAAUGCAGAAGGAUGCAUAUUACAGUGGAAGAAGAUCUACUGCCGUAUUUGCAUGGCACAGAUUGCCUAUUCGGGAAAUACAUCCAACCUUUCCUACCACCUUGAGAAAAACCACCCUGAUGAAUUCUGUGAGUUUGUGAAAAGUAACACUGAGCAAAUGAGGGAAGCCUUUGCCACAGCAUUUUCAAAAAUCAAGCCGGAGUCAUCGCAGCAGGUUGUUCAAGAUAGCCUCAUCAUGAAGACCUACCAGAACUACGAAAACAAAAAACAUCAGGAACUGACAUCUGCAGUCAUCAGCUUAAUUUGCGAGGGCAUGUAUCCAGCCUCCAUUGUUGAUGAACCUACCUUCAAGGCCCUCUUGAGAACAGCGGACCCCAGGUAUGAACUUCCAAGCCGGAAGUACUUCUGUACAAAAGCGAUUCCUGAAAAGUACAGUGCUAUUAGAGAAAUUGUGCUGAAAGAGCUCACUGAGGUUCUGUGGUGUGGCAUAUCCACAGAUAUGUGGAGGAGUGAAAACCAGAACAGGUCAUAUGUAACUGUGGCAGUUCACUUUCUCAGCAGCGGUCCUGCCAACUGCCUGGCUGUGAACUCACGGUGUUUGAAAACAUUCGAAGUACCAGAGGAUAACACUGCAGAGACCAUUACACGAGUUCUUUACGAAACAUUCAUUGAGUGGGGGAUCAAUACAAAAGUCUUUGGUGCUACAACAGAUUACAGUAAAGACAUUGUAAAGGCUUGCUCUCUCUUAGAUAUUCCCGUACAGAUGCCUUGUUUGGGCCACUCUUUUAACGCAGGAAUACAACAAGCUUUUCAGCUCCCCAAACUGUGCAACCUUCUCGCCAGGUGCCGAAAGCUGGUGGAGUAUUUUCAGCAGUCUACGGUCGCAAUGUACAUGCUGAGUGAAAAGCAGAAGCAACAGAAUAUUCUCCACUGCAUGCUGGUAAGUGACCGUGUUUCCUGGUGGGGAAGCACACUUGCUAUGCUGCAGCGCCUCAAGGAGCAGCAGUUUGUCAUUGCAGCUGUUCUCGUGGAGGACAGCAACAACCACCACCUCAUGCUGGAAUCCAGUGAGUGGAAUACAAUCGAAGGGCUGGUGGAGCUGCUCCAGCCUUUCAAGCAGGUUGCAGAGAUGAUGUCUGCUUCAAAGUACCCGACGAUAAGUAUGGUGAAGCCACUUCUCCACAUGCUUCUGAAUACCACUCUGAACAUCAAAGAGAACGAUUUGAAAGAAAUCAGCAUGGCAAAGGAGGUGAUUGCUAAAGAGUUGUCAACCACCUACCAGCACACACCUGAGAUAGACAUGUUUCUCAAUGUUGCAACUUUCUUGGAUCCCCGCUACAAAAAACUGCCUUUUCUUUCAGCCUUUGAGAGGCAGCAGGUGGAAAACAGAGUGGUGGAAGAAGCAAAAAGCCUACUGGAGAAAGUAAAAGAAAAUAGUUUUAGAACUGAGGAGAAAUUCUUCACUGUUUCAGAAGAGCCCCCUAUGAAAAAAAUCAUCAUCUCCUCUACUCCUCCUCCUACCAGUGUCAUCAACAACAUGCUCGCAGAGAUCUUUUGCCAGACAGGAGGCGUGGAAGACCAGGAGGAAUGGCAUGCUCAAAUCCUUGAGGAGUUGAGCAACUUCAAGUCACAAAAGGUCCUCGGUUUGAAUGAAGACCCGUUGAAGUGGUGGUCUGACAGACUAGCACUGUUUCCAGUUUUACCAAAGGUUCUUCAAAAAUACUGGUGUAUUCUGGCCACAAGGGUCUUCCCUGAACGCCUUUUUGGUUCUUCUGCUAAUGUUGUGAGUGCAAAGAGAAACCGGUUAGCCCCGGCUCAUGUGGAUGAGCAGAUCUUUUUGUAUGAAAACAGUCGCAAUGGGUCUGAGGCAGAACCGGAGGACGAAGAUGAAGGAGAGUGGGGUUUGGAACAGGAACAGAUCUUUAAUUUAAAUGACUCGGUAAACAUAAACAAUAGUUUCUUUAAUAUUCGAGACAGUGGGUUUGUUUAACAGGACUGCUGCGGUACAUUUAAUGACAAACAAAAGAGGUAUUUGUCUUAAGUUACCAAAAAUUCUUCUGUUUUAUGCUAUGAAUGCUGUAAAUAUUGAACAGUUGUAACAAACUUGAUUUAGCUUCCACUGUCUGUGUUUUUCCCACUAUCUUAAAACAUGAAUGACUUGUGAUCAAACAGCACUGAAAUGAACGAGGAAAUAAAUUCUACAAAGACUGUGGUUUCUGACUGUGGCCCAGAUUUCAGAAAGCACUUAUCCAUGUGCUUCCUUUCCACUUGUUUCAGUGGAAAGCACAUGCUUAUGUGCUUUCUAUCAUAAAAUUAUUUUCCUGAAUUAGGACCUUGAGGAAGUUUUUUUUAAAUUUAUGCCUCCAUUUGCAAAUCCUGUGUGACUCAGGAUGCUAGCUUUAAAUUUUGGAUUUUAAAAUAUUUUUAAAAUCCAUACAUCUGAGCAGUGAAUAUUUUUAGAAUAUAUUGUUGCUAUGGAAUGAAAAAAGAUCUUGAGCCUGAUUUUCACUACCUCAUGUCUUUGGUCUGGUCUAUGCUAGUAAAGUUCAGUUGGUAUAAUUAUGUUGGUUAGGGAACUGAUGUGUUAUUAUUUUAACUGAUACUGUGCUGGCAUAGGCUGUAGUGUGGAUGCAUUUAUACCAGGAUAAUUUAUUUUCCUUUCCACUGCAGUGUAAAUGGUAUAAACACUUAAACUCAUUUUGCUGUGUCCACGUUCGUCCAGUUUUACCAUUUGACUGCAGCUAAAUGGCAACAUUGUUUUGUUGUUUUGUUUUGCUUUGUGUCUGAGCAAGACCUGAUUGUAGUCUCUUGUGCUUUUGCAAAGUGGGAACCAAGUGUGGGGUCGAGGCAGUGUUGUGUUACCUUUGCCUUGUGCUGAUGCCAUGGCUGAUACCACAUGGUGUGUAGCAGGCAAGGCAUCAGCCCUUUGGUGAGGGACAGAGGGCAGGGAGACGUCUACAGGCCAUGGGUCUAACAGUUUGUCUGUGUUAGAAAAUCCUUAGCCUCUUCAUUUAAUGGGGACUUUGCCCAGGGGAGCUAGAAAAUUUUGUUGACAAGAAAAGCAAAAUAAAAAGCUUUACUAUUAUGUAAAUAUAUUUAAAAGAAGGGGACCCCUCCAUUUCCUCACAUGUACUUAGUGAAUCUUUAAUAUUGUUUUUUUAUUAUGUUAGCACUUAAAAACUUUUUUCACCUGUCUCUUUAAUUCAGUUUGUAGAGUGGACUUCAGUCCUUUCCAGUCUAAUCUUUGAGUACUGUUUUUGAUUAGUUGUGUAUUGUAACUACUCCCUUUGUGUCUCCAAGCAUAAGUGUUUUAAGCCCUUUUGAGAACUUGACAAACAAGAAAAAAGAAAGGAAAGCAACCUGAGGACCACCCCCCACCCCCAUCUCUUAUGAAAUACUGCAGGUCAUAAACAGGAUCAGAGUUCAUUCUAGACAAAAAGUGGGAUGAACCAGCUUUUUUUUCCUGAGAUGCAGUGGAGGACUCUUAGCAUUUUCCACUUACAGUCAAAGUUUGUCUGGGGUUUUAUUUCUGCUAUUUGUGUCUCACCCCCACUUCCCACCUUGGUGUUAGUCUACAACUAUGUUGAGCAGUAUCUGUCUUGUUACUGUUCUGGAGGAAAAAAGUUGGUGUUUUUUAAUCAUGAUGGCACCUGUGGACAUUGGGUUGUAAAAAGAGCACAGACAGCAGGAACAUGCGAAAAUGGGAAUGGUGAUGGAAUUGAAUCUAUUGCCAAAUGGUUUGUUUAUGGUUUGGUUUAAUAGUUUUUGGAAGUUUGAGGCCUCUGUGUUCUUUGUAUGUGGUGGGAAGGGAUGGGUGAGUGAGGAAAAAGGACAGAGAUGAGGCUGAAGGAACAGUGAAGUAAGUAAUUGCAACUACAUAAGCAAAAAUGUUAAGCCUGGGAAAAAUGCAGUUAGCAAGUGGUGUGGCCUGUGUUUGGCUGCUAGUAAGCCUGGGGUUUCACUUUCCAGCCCCCUGAAAACUGAUUUGCACUUGUACAAAGUACAUGCACUGUGCAUCCUGUUGAAUGUUGCUACUCUCCAUGUCCACUGAAGAGGUGUAUAUGUUUGCCCAAGGUGCAAAACACAGGCUUGGCCUAAAAUUCCACAAUUAUGUAGGCUAUCUGGGAGGGCAACAAAAUAAAAUUAUGGAAGGAAGUGAGAUAUCUGAGCUCCUGUGACACCCCAGCAGUCUGCCAGGAAGAGCUCUUGGUUUUUGUGGUCAUCACUUGCAGCAGCUGUUAGCACCACUGCAAGCCCUCCCUCCAGGACCUGCACAAAUGCUGGUGUGAAUUGUGUGGAUCUUGUCUUACAUGAGCAUAAUUUAAAGCUGUGCCCUCACAGUCAAGGCAAAGCCCAGAGUACCUUUGGUCUGCACAUUGCCUUCCCCUGGCAGCAUUUUAUCCAUCUUCAUCCUCCUAGGGCUGAACAUAAACAGUGGCGCUUACCAGAAGUUUUACUGAGAUCAGUGCAAUGCACUACUCUCUUCCUUCCAGCUUCUUUUUAUUUUUUGGUAUCCAAAAUAAAAUUGUAGUUGGUUCAAUUGAUGUGUCUCAGCAUUCUUUGAAAAAAAGGAAAAGAAAAAGAAAAAAAAAGAGCAAAAACCAUUGUUAGUCUUACCCAUUGUCUGUGAGAUUUUUUAUUUAAUGUUCUAAGCCUGGAAUAUUGUCAAAUAAACCAGAAAAAUAAGUUAGUUACUAGAUAAUUUGUCUGAUGUGUGGUCAUAUCUGCAGCACUUUAUGACUUUGAACUCUUCCGCAAUAGGGGGAGGUUGUAUUCUAAGGACUUAAAGCUAUGCAUUUAUUUUCCUUUUGAUCCUGUAAGUUAUUUUUUAAAAAUGCUGUACAAAUCUUUUGGAUUAAAAAAAAUGAGGAUGAAAAAUAUUGGAAGUUUAGAUGGUUUUUCUCACUUAAAUACGUGUGGUGUUUUUCAUUUAUUGUUAUGAUGUUCCGUUGUUCUGUUGGGAGGAGAAGGAAAAUUGCAGAGUUUUUUUUUAAAUAUUGCUACACCUUGAGUUAAUCCUCAUGUUGCUGCCAAGAGUGGGCCCAGAACAGUUUCCUAAUAAUGCUAUUAAGUCAACUUAAUGUUUUUGCUUCUUGACAGUUUCUUUGAAUCCACAGCGUAAUGUUUCCUUUUCUCUUCAGUACAGCAGAGACAUCUUUUUAGAGGGGCAAUAGAGGAACAAACUUCAGCUUUUGAGUACUUUUCAUGCUGAAAAAGUAAAUUUUUGAGCAGGUUCUCAAAGAAUGUACUCUGUGUCAAAAGAAUUGCCCUUGUCACCAACUAGGUAUUAAUUCAGGAUUAAAACUCAGUGGACUAGGUGAGGGUUUUUGGGGUAACAGUAUAACUGAAGGGAUUUUUGGGUUUCUGACCAACUCUUGCAUGAAUUUCACCUCCCUCUACCAUCAGGGAACAUGUGAAGACAAAGAGAAAAGCCUGAACCAUACUGAAGUUGAAAAGGUGAAUUUUUCCAGCAAACAUUGUCUGAAGUGCUUUGGUUUAAAGGAGGGCAAUAAAGUUCUGUAUUAUUUAUGGAAAGGGUGUAUGGUUUUAAGUUUCUAUUGCAGCAGUCUGUUAGAUUAAUUUCAAGCAUUUUCUUUAACCAAUGUCAUGGUGUCCAAUUAGCUUUACAGGAGCAUUUGUAAGCAGGCAGAAAUAUUAAAAGCAAAAGAAACACAAAUUGGUUAUUUGUAAUAUUUUAUAGGACUUCUGAAAACUUAAAAGGAAUGUGUAGUUGUUGAUUUUUGUCCAGGUUAAAAAAAGGAGGUUGCCUGAGGACAUUAUUUCAGAAGGAGGGGAAAUGCAUGUAUAUGAACACAAAAGUAGUGUAUUUUACAUACUCCGUGACAACUGAGAAAGGAAGCUUUCUGCUGGAAAAAUUACAUUUUAGUGUCUGCACACCAUCCUCCUUUUCACAGUCUCCAUUUCUGAGUGUCCUUCUGAAGAUCUGAUGAUCCUGGUUCCGGUGGUGUUACCUAGUCUAGACUGCCUUUUUAGCUCUGCUGAAAGGACCCUCGUGAUCUCUUAAGUUUUGUGGUGUUUUGUUUCCCUUUGGACCAGACUGUGGUCUGUCUUGCCUUAUCUCCUCCAAAUUAAUAUUCUGCUAAAUUCAAAACAUUUUUAGGGAACAUGGGGAAAUUGCGGAAAUUGGCUUUGCUUUUUUAGUAACAUUUGAUGCUGUAGAGGGAAUUUGAAGAUACAGCUUCAUUUUAUGUCUGCCUUAAGAGCACAUUGGUAAAGCAUGCCUUAAUGAUAUUAUUUAAACUGUAAUUUCAAAACAUCUCUGCAGUUUUAGUUGAUAAUGCUGUUGUUUUUAAAUACAAAAGAAUUUCCUUUAGAUUAAACAGCAAAAAUCAAUUAAAUAUAUUUUUGCUGUUGCUGCAGUGCCCUUUCAGUGCCCCUGCAGUUGGGUUAAAAUGCCACAAGGGAAUUCAGUUUAGCAUUAAUAAAAAAUGGAAAAAAAAUGAAAAACUAACCACUGUCUUUGAGCUUACCAUGUGUUUAAAAAACACAAUUGGAUUUAAAUGCUUUAAAAAAAUCAAAGGCUGUUGCAGCAACUAUUUUCAAAUAAGAGUGUCUCAGAACUUGGAAUUGUUAAAAUACUAAUAUUUUUGAGCAUUUCUGCUGACAUUUCCACACUGAGUGGUAUUGAUUUCUCUUGCUUCCAGAAGACCACAGAAGUGGUGCUGCCAUCUGCAGUGCUAUCAAAUAAUGAUCAGAUGUAACUUUUUUUUCCAGAGGUUUUGAAACAACUAUUACCUGCUGCACACGUGUGCUGGUUUCCUUGCAUCACAAUUACUUAUUUCCAGUGACUAGAGUUUGCCAAAUGCUCUGUCCUGUCUUCUCUCCCUGGUCACACCUGGGCAGAAUGCUCGGUGGAAGCAUAGGGAGGCAAACUCCAGCUUCUCUCACAGAGAAACUUCUUUGAGAGCAGAUAAAAUUCAGUUUAAAAAGAGUUUAAACUAGGUUCAUAUUCCAGUCCAUGGGGUCUACAGCACAUGUGCCAUGGUGUGAAAAGGCAAAGCUGGUGCUUCCUCUCCCCACAGUAUUGUACACUGGGACACAUGGCUCAAUGGGACCCAAAUUGCCUGGGUAAGGGAUGAAUAUGCUGGGGAAUUGAGCUCAGCACAGCUAUGGAACUACACUCAGAGCCAAAAGCAUAAUAAGCAUGUCAGGGUAGAAAUAGUUUCUGUGCUGCUUCCCUUAGAUAGGGGUUUAAGGUAAAUACCAUAAUAAGAUACUGGUUUGUGCUCUAGGCUGAAGCUCUGCCUGGGAAUUUUUGUGAUUAUUCAAAUAGUCAUGUAUUUAAUACUGACAUAGAAAAGAGUGUUCUGUGACAUUUAAAUAAAUAUUUUGCAUAGACAGUGAAGCUUCCGUUUCUACUUGAUAGAUAUUUUGGGGUAACAUUUACAGUGGUUUUCCUGGAAUAAAUGCCAUGGUCAGAAGUACACCAAGAUUCAGCUAUCAGAACCAGUAGGGCAGUCCUGUUUGUAAGUAAAAGAGACAGGAGAGGAUACUUCAUUUGAAAUAAGUGAGAAAAGUUGUCUUUUUUAACACUCUUGGGAAGGAGAUAAUUAAAAUGCACCUGUAAAUGUUUGUGAUAGCCUCAAAAUUUAGAUAUAUCUGUAGAGAAGUAAUCCCUUUGUUUUGCUUAGUUCACUGAAAAUAUGGCUGCAUGUGUGCAUGAUGUCGUGUUCAAUAGUGCUUCCCCAAUCAUUGCAGAAUAAGGUUAUUUUUAAAAAGGCAGUUUCUUUGAUUACAUACAGUAUUCUGUCUGUUCAUUGUCCCCGAAUAUUUGCAGUUAGGAAUGAAAGAUUCAUUUUUUAUUUCUCCAGUGGAUACUGCUUUGCUUUUAAAUUUGAGACAUUUUACACAUCACUGUUGUCUUUACAGACACUGCAAUUGAAAGGGUUUCAUUUUCCCUUUCUUUCUUUUUGGUUUUUUGGUUUUUUUUUUUUUUUUUUUUUUUUGCUUUUUUCCUCAUGAGUCAUUAGUUAGGUUUAUAGUGAUAGGAAUUUGCAGUCAUAACAAGGAAGAUGUCAAGUCAGCAUCAGGAGAGCUCAUGCCAGAAACAUCCCAUCCCAUAUUGUGAAUGUAGUGCUCCAAGGGAAACCAUCUUCUCAAAUAGGACCUUCUGAUGUGUGUGUGAGAAAAAUGAAGUGCUUUUGCAAGCAAUGCACAGUUCUGUCAUGGGUGUUAGUGCAGUUUGGUGUGAGUUUGUGCUCUGGGAUGCACUCAGUGGUUUGGCACCAAAUAAAAGUUUCUUGAGCACACAGCAGAACUUACAUGAACAGAAGGAAUUUAAUAACAAAUGUGGAAAAUGCUUUACUUAUGGGAACAGAUAGGAAGUGUGUCCAUCUAGGGAAAACACUGAAAUUUUAACAGAAUUCUCCCAAUUCCUGUCCAAAAAUCCUGAUAGCAUUUAAAAAUGCUAAAUGACUAACCUUCCUGUAGUCUGACAUUUAAGAAUGCUGUAAAACAACUGUUCUACACACUUCUUGGUGUUCACAUGCUGCUGGCAAUGAGCUCUGUUAACUUAGAAAAACUUCUGCACUCCCAAAUGGCCAGGGAGUAGUUCUCAUUAAUGAGGUAUUGGAGAAGAGAGGAGAUUGAAGCCCUUAUUGUGACCUGGCCUCCAGCCUGUGGGAAUGUGGGCUGAAGGGACUGUUUAUGGAUGAUAUUUGGACACAUUGAUCUGCAUAGAUAAACAUUCACAUGCAGUCCAAGAAAUUGCCACAUCAUAAAUUUGUCUGGUCCCAGGGGAGCAAGCACUGUGGUGAGAAAGCCAGUCUUGUGGAUGGGUGGAGCAUGUAUCCUUUUGCUCCUUCAUUCUAAGCCCCACUUUAUUUCCUGUGCAGGCAGCAAGUACAUUGGUGCUGCUCUUUGCUGUGUUUGCUGUGUGCUACUUGUAUUCCAAGUGUAAGAAUAGGAGAAUAUGACCUGCAUGUUUUCGAGCCUUGGUGAAUGUAGGCAGAAGUUCACCUGCACUUCAGUUCGUGAUUUGCUGCCUGGUUUGAGUGAGCAGUGAGCAGUGGGUUGAGGAUAAUACGGCAUUUACCCCAUGGUCUUGAGAAUACAAGGCUGGUGUUGCUGCUCAAAGAUUCCUGUGUACCUGCUCAGAGAAGUGAAGUGAGAAAAGCACAGCCUUGUGUGUGUUGUAUCUGAAGAUAUGACUUAACGCCCAAGUGGGCUUAAAGUGCUCACAUGAACAAGUUCUGCUGUAGUCUUGCAAACAAACCACCUUGUGCAUGCUCUGCCCACACCACCCCACCUGCCCUUCAUCAAUGUUCACAAAGAUCUCACAGUUCUUUUUAGAGAGAUAAAUUCAGUGAUAAUACAUGAAACUAUUUGUCAGUCGUUAAGACCAUUGCAAUAUGCUUUUUGUGCCUUUUUUGGCAAUGCAUGCUAGAGCUGAUGGAAGAUAACAUUCUUCUUUUAUCCCAGAGACAGCUUUUCCCUGCAGUGAGGGGAUCAGCUCAGUCCGCAAAGUUGAUCUGUUGGCUGUACUUCUGCUUUUUCUCUAGGCUGUUUAGGAAAGUUGCUGUGCUCUGCAGAGGGAAAAUCAAAUUCCUCCAGAGUGUUUUCCCUGUGUUUUUGUGUUGCUGGGGCCGCUUUCUGGUCUGCACAUGCCUAAAGGAAGGGGAUGGGCCAUGACUUUUGCCAUGAUUCUGCUUCUCUGAGCUGAUUGGCCACCCCUAGAAGAAGAUUGUGCAGAAGGUGACACUGCUGGGUGAUAAGUUUGCAAACACCAGGACUACAAAAGGAUUUGUUCAUUUUAUAUUUAUAUUUAGGCUAAGAUUAAAAUGAUACAAAAUGCAGCAUUAAAAGAAGUCUGCCGAGUCUACGAACUGACUCCUUGACUUAGGUGUCUAAAUACAGACUUAGGGACCUUAUCUCCAAAAGCAAUCAUUUUUGCAUGCUCUGCCUUCCGACUCUCUAAAAAUGCUGGCAGCACAAGUGUGUCUCUUUUAAUACCUUUCAAAUAAUGAUAUUUUGGGGUGGACUGUAUAUGAAAUGCAAACCACAAUUUUUUAUUUUACAUGUAUCCAUUUUGUCUUCCAUUGUGCUUCAAAGGUUAGUAUUUAUAGAAUUAUUGUGUCUAAAAAAGCUAUUGGAACACUUCAGGUCCCAAAUGUAGGUAAACUUCAGAAGUAAGAUAAAUAGUGUCCUCCAUAAUUCAUAAACUGGAAGGCUUAAGUAGUCUAUUGUUGGAAGAGGCAAUUGUAACUACAUUUUGCCCAAAUAUGGGAAAAGGUGAAGUGUAAAUAUUUACAUUUUUAAGUAAAAUUCUGAGUAAAAGGCUUAAAUGUAAGCACCUCAUUUUGUGCCCUUACCUGCAUCAUAGCAAUACAGAACCAUACCCAUGGUUAUAUUCAAGUUAUAUAAUAUGGUUAUAUCCAAAGGUACAAGUGAAAGCACAACCCUCUUUUACUUAGUCAUUAUUCUGCUUGUGAGGUGUUUCAGUUUCAAUGAUUUAGUCACAACAAGCAUAAAAUCAACACUUUCAGCAGAUGUGAAUGAGCAUUUCUAUGGCGUGGAUCUUCCUUUCUUGGUAAACAGGAGCUACGCUCCUUUGUUAACAUAGAGCAAAGGAAAGGAGGCAAAUAAGGGCGCACUAUUAUAGGUAGAAGGUUGGGUGUUUGCUUUUUGCUCAUGCAGCUGAAGCAGUGAUGGGUUUCAGAGUCAAGUGAUGGAUUCCAUCUGUGCAUUUGAAUCUAACGAUGGGCAGAUGCUAUCUUUGCAAAGGAUAUAUGGUCUUUGUCUUCAAGUCAGCAUUCUGCCAAGCAAUGUCUGGUUGUGCAAAUUCGAGCUUCUGCAGUCUCUUAAUGUCUGCAGUUUUGGGGCUAUUUGGCCUAAGAUCUUCUUGUUUAGGUUAUAGAGCAAACUCUGUUAGCUGUAUCAUCUCUGGUGCUAAUGAUGAGCUGCUGCAACUCAAGAAAACGGGCUAGAAAAUGUAAUUGUUCCUUUACAUCAUAAAAAGACUGGUUUAACCAAAUUCCACUCAGCCACGCUUCAGCUGAAGGCACUGGAGGUUGUAGAAACUCAGCUGAGGAAUGCAAGAGCUUUACCAGCAGGGCAGUUGGGUGGAUUAAGGUCUUGAGUCAUGCAGGACCUUGUGUGGACUCCACCUGUGAGUCUGCCUGUGUAGGACAAGUUGCACAACCUUGUGCAACAACCUUGUCUUGUUUGGUUUAGAUGUGAGUGCUGAAGCAGCCUGUGAACACUUUGCAUGGCUGAAAGGCAGGUGGAAGUAGUGGACUCCAUGAUCUUAUUUUUAGAGAUAUUUUUGUAGUAGCUAAGUAAUAAGUUAGUUUUCUUAGACCAUGUAGGUACUGUCCCACCACAGAUGCUUUACUUGGAGCUCCUUUGCACAGUGCUGGAGUAGUGCUGAAGUUCCAUGGGCACCGAUGUGUGAUUAUUGAUACAACUCUGUUGUGGUAAAACUUUUAAUGCAUUGAACAAAUGCAUUUUUAGGAAAUACUUCGAUACCCAUGUCACUAAGAUUAUGUAUGCCUUGCCUUACAGACAGGGCAAUGAUCAAGAUUUGUGCAGUUAAGAGUAAAAAAUGUUAUAUAUAUAUAUCCACACACAUAUACAGUCCUGUCUUGGUAUUUGCAGAAACUGUUGCCUGCCAGUUUCAAGCUUUCUAUCCUCAAAGUUUCUAAAUUACAGAUGUCAUUACAGACAGUGAUUCUGGGUUUGUGGCUUUGUCAUACUGUAUGAAUUACUGCAUUAAAGUGUCAGAUUAGUGGAGUAAAACAAGAUUCAAAUGGGCAUAUUGCCAGCAAGGAAAGAAAAUAUUUGAGAUCUGCAGUUCCCAAAGCGGAUAACCAAAAAACCAAAGAAGUUUUGUUUCACAUCAGGAUUGCUUUUAAGAAAAAAGAAAGUGCCAUAGUUUUGUAAUAAAAUAAUGUCAUUUGUUUUCAUUUAAUCGUAUUUGUGCUCUGCUAGGAGAGUUUUGAUACUUCACAGAACAUUAAUUGGGCAGGAAAAUUACAUCCUACCAAAAAUAUCUUCUGAGUUAUGUAAAGCUGAGUUAGAGUGCUUGGCUCUAAUACCAUUCUGCUUUUUGUUGUGUGCCUGUUUUCUCUCAGAGUGUACUUUCUGGGUCAUGGACGUUUUGCUGUCUGAGGGAAUGCCUAACCUUGAUUGCUAACAUUGCUCAAUAUUUUAAAUUAUCCUGGAGAGGUAAAGAAAAAAAAAGGAAAGUUGGACCAAAACAAUGCACUGAACUUGUUUCUGAAGGAGGAAUUUGAGGGGACAGUUUAAACCUUUAUUUUUCUUCUUGUUGACACACUGAUAACACUGGUAGCAUGGUUGAUAUAACUAAACACCUGGCAAGCUCCACACCGAGUUACCCUCUGGCGUGAGCUUCACUGGCAUGAGGAAACGAAGUCACACCAGAUCAAAGCAAAGCCCUGCCACCUCCUGACCUCGCAUCUCAUGAUGGUGUUUCUCUUCUGUACAACCUAGAGAAACUGAAGUUAAUGAACCUUAUGACUGUUCAAUGAAUUUGGGAUUAAGCUUUUAAUCUGCUAUGCUGUGGGCAAGGGUUUGAUUGCCAGCUCUGGCUGUCCAGGUGCGAUGUGCUGCAGCAGGAGGCAGGUGUUGCUCCAUGUUAGCCAUUUGUUAGCCAAAACUGCUGAUUAGGACUCCAAGGCCAUGUUCUUACAAAGCCAACCCACAAGGUGUACUCUGUUUUAGAAAGGUACUUUUAAAACAGAAACAUAUAGUUCUGUAUAAUAGUAUUUUUAACAAGCAUGUCAACCAGUCCCGACUAAGGAAAUUAGAGGACUUGGAGUCAGACCUCAUUCUUUAAAAAAAGUUCAGUGUUACCACUGCAAUUGGCUUAUGAAAUCUGCAACAGUCUAAGAAUUACACAGAAUGAAAGGACUUUGUAAACAAAACAUCACUGGCACUAUACUUUCUGCAGACCAGGACUGAUUCAAUGAUGAAGCUUGUAAUUUUUUUACGGUAUAUAUCCCAGUGAACAGAAUGCCUGCAGAGCAAUAACUGUUAUCUUUCUGGCAAUUGGAUAUAACCUAGAACUAACUAGAUAACGAACUGGAAAUGGGGCAUUUGUGCUAUGAAACCCUUCUUAUAGCUGAGGUAAAAGGACUUGGACAUAUUUUUCAAAAAUAACAUCUUGUUAAUGAAUAAAGUCAUCUAGGUGAAUACAGAUAUCACCUAGUCUGCUGGCUGGGGUGUUCUCAUGUUAAUUAAUACCACUACCUAUGUAUGCCAGUCUUACUUGUGCAUUCCUAGCUGGAAUUGCUGCAUUUCACAGUGUAUAAUUUUAACAUUAAAUAGUCUGCUGAAAAUUAAUAGGAAAAAGGUCAAGAAAUGCAAAAUCCAUGUUCUCUUGAUGAUGCUGUACUUCCUAAUUAUAUGAUACAGAUAUUUGAAGAGCAACUUAUCUGAGUCAGAAGCAAGUAUCAAGAUCUGCAAAUGCUGCCAUUAGUAGUGCUUAGUAGGUGCUAGCACAGGGUGGCUUGGAGGGGGAGAUGCUGAGUCCUCUUCUUCCUGCCCAGUCUCUGACAUGUUUAACUACAAAAAGGGCUGAGUAAAUAAAGGGCUGCCAAAGUGCCUGUGCUCUAGGGAGUGUAGGUGACGUCAUCCUGGUGAGUUGUUCUGGAUGUCCCUCUUUUUCUGACAGUGCUCCCAUGUGCCUCACGUUUGACUGCAACUACUGGUUUUUAACUUGAACGCUUCUCUCCUCCAGGAUAAACCUGCAUGGAAUUGGCUGUGGUGGUGUACUCCUUGCUGGGCAAAGCACUCCUCUGUAAAAUUACCACAGAGAUUAGUAGGGCAGCACUUGCAGAACAGCUUAUUCAGUAAGAUAAUGUUUUCUAUUUCCCCAAGCUAAACAGGGAAUGCUCCUAACUGCCUGAAGCAGAGUUUGGGCUUUGCUGAGACAGGAGCACUGGUCACAGACUGCAUGAGGACACAGACAUGUUGGCCCGAUGUCUUAGCAUACCUUGGGAGAGUGGUAGUACUUGGCUGAAAUGAAGGUGGUGUGACCCUCAGCAUUGCUGGACUUUCUGUGUGGAUAGUUGCAAAGCUUCAAGUGCAAUAACAAAAGAAAUGCUGAUGUAAGGGCUACAGAAGCUGCUGGUGCAGCAGAAGGGGCUCUGCUGCUUGGCAGGGGCUCACUUUUCUCUUCUUGCAAGAAACUGUUCUCCUUUUACUUUCUAUAUCACCAGGAUUUUUUUUCUGGGAGAGGUGCUAACUGGUGUCAAGGCCCUACAAGAGAACUGAGUGUGAGUGGGCUGGCUGUUUACACCGUGUGUUACAGGGGAGAUGGAGAUGUACGGCCGGAGUCUGGAAUAGAAAUUGCAUUUUAGGGUCAUAUCCUUCAAAUCACCUAGAAGUCAGUGCACAGUGUAACGCAUGUGUUUCAAAUGCCUUGCAUAUUUAUGGAAAAAGGCACAAAAGUAUUGGAAACAGCAGAGAUCUGCCAAACAAGCCAGUGCAAGCUCUUGGUCUUUUAUUCAGCAAGUUCUUUUUUUUUUUUCCGCCCCUUGAUAUGUUUACAUUGCUAAGUUCCUUUAUGCUUCUUAAAAAGAAAGCUUCAUUCAAAUUAUUUUAAUUAUUUAGCAUCCAGCAGAAGUUAAACACAGCUAUAACUUUUUUGCUGUUGAGUGUGAGGUGGAACAAAAGUGCUGUCUAUUGGCUUAAAAUCAUAGGGUCAUUUAGGUUGGAAGAGACCGACAAGAUCAUCAGGUCCAAACAUAAACCCAGCACCACCACGUUUACCAGCAAACCAUGUCUCUAAGUGCCACAUCUCCAUGUUUUUUGAACAAUUGUCUGGACAUCCUGUUCCAAUGCCUUCACUAUUUCAGUGAAGAAACUGUUCCUAAUAUGUAAUCUAAGCCUCCCCUGGCAAAAUGUGAGGCCAUUUUAUUUGGUCCUGUCAUUGUUACCUGGCUAGACCUACCUUUAAGAAGUAGUUCCAGAUAUCAGCUUUACUGGAAACGGAUGAUCAGCUUGGCAUGAUGAAAUAGGACUAUAAGAUCUGUUAUAGUAAAGAAAAUGUUUUGGUUUUUUUUUAUUCUCAGAAAAGAUAAAGGAGCCGUGUCUUGAAAAAUAUUGCACACCAAAUUAGCUGGUGCAGAGCCAUAACAUUUGAGCUAAAUCCUCUGGUCAGGUGUAAAAAAAAAAAAUCAGGCGUGAAGCUUGUUUAUGCUACCAGUGAUGCCUGAAAAGUGAUGGUAGUUCUGGCUGAUGUCCUGAGAAGGGCUGACAGGGUGCACUAUGAUAUAUCUCCAUGUUUCAACACCUGGUUGAAGAGUGAGGUUGUAAAGUGGCUCUGCAGCAGGGCCAGCAUAAUUCUCUUCUUAGAAGCAGAAUGGUUAGAAGAUGUUCAUCAACACAAAUGCAUAUUUCUAUAUGAAAGGAGCUAGUCCCUUAAAAUUUUGACAAGAUAUUUAUAGAAGGUAAUUAAAUGUAGGAACAAAAAUAGGAUGUUUGUGUCAUACUCCUGGAGCAUUAUCAAUAAUGGGACUUGUUUUGUGAGUAGUUGCACAUUUCUUCAAAGGAGCAUGUGAUGCUCUCUAAUUGAAAUAUUAAUAGCAGAUAAUGACACUGUGGAAUGAUGGCCGCUUAAAUGGAAACAUACUUUAACAGCUUUUAAUCUGUGUGGUAACUGCAUAUUAAAAAUCUUUGACAAUUUUGAUGAAGAGCAAUUAUAGAGCAUGCACAAUAGCUGUUCUUCUAAGUUAACGAAUUCCCUAAAUCUCAUGAAUCUGCAGUAGAUUAAUGGGCUAUAACAUUUCAUUCAAAAUUAAGUUUUUCAUUGAAGAAUAAAAACAUUAAUUAAAUAAAUUCAAAACAGUUAGCUGUCUUUAUUGCAAAGUAGUUGUUUUCCUGUGAAAAGUUCAGUGCAUAUUUUAUGAGGAACAAUAAAGAUGAAAAUAGAAAGAAAAUCUAUGAGUGUGAGAUCACUCCAAGAUGUGUUGAAAAAAAGGAUUUUGAAAACAAAUGAGUUUUUUCCUAGUAAAGGACUGUUAUGAGACAAUUAGGAAAUUUCAGAUGUAGUAUAGUCUAGACUUUUCUGUACUUGCAUAUUCAUACUCCAUUUGAAACCCCUGACCUGCUUGUAUUAUCAAAGAAGAGAAAAAAUGAAUGAAAUUCCAUAUUUGGAACACAAAUGUUGUACCUGUCUUGAAGACAAAGUAUUCGCAUGCUCUUUGUACUUUGUCAUUCCAAGUUAGACCUGAUUUUUAAGUAGUUUCGAGUACAAAAUUGAGCUCCAUCCAGAGGCUCACGGGGCUUCAGUAAAACUAUCUUAAAAAUAUAUAAACUAAAAAACCCACAAAGUUCCAUCAGGGAUUUCUCGUGCUGGAGGUUGGGUGGUGGCCCUGGGAGGGUGGCAGCAGAGGUUGGGCAGCCUGGUGCAGCUAGGGCAUCAAGCUCGGGCACUGCCCUGCGGAGGCAGCACCUCUGGGGCUGUGCAGCUCUCAGUGUCCCCCUCACUGGCUUGCUCUGCUCCUGACAGGCCACAUGAGCUCUGCUUUCCUUGGGGCCACUGCUUUGGGCUGUACACCAAGAGGCACCUCUAGGAGUGACAAUCCACAGACAGCUGCUGCCCCGCCCCAGCUCUUCACCAGGUGUCAGCCAGACGAAGACAUAAAUGUACUGGCCAGGGGUGGGUUUGAAGGAUGUGGAAGCAGGGCAGAGAAGGAGAGGAAGGGAUGUUGAGACUAUUUUCCGUGUUUUUAUUAAGUCAGUAGCAUCUGUGUUUAAUCUCACAUUAGUGUCAAUGCUGUAAUGGCUUCUGAUUGGCUUCAACAUUUUUUAAUAAUAUGGAAAUGUGCUUUUUAGCAUUUUGUAUUUUAAUAAAUUGCAGAUAUCUCAGGGAAAUUUUUAAUACUGAUUGGUUUAUGUGCUAUGUUUCCUGUUAACUAGAUUUUUCCCAAUAUUCUCUAAUCACCUGGUACCUCUCUUCCUGAUUCUAAUUACUAGAGCUUUGUAUAUGAUAACAAGCACUUCAGUUCACAAGUGAUUGCAGUGUUUUGAAGUGAACUACUCCAGAAACUUUCAAUUGCCUUUUAAAUUCUGUAUACCAACUCGUGACUUCUGCUUACUUAUUUGAUGGAAAUACUGUCACCCUGAAGCCGUGGGAAGCAGAGGAGACUGUUUAAGUGGCAGCAGAUCAUUCUUGUUGGCUGGAAGAGGCAGAUCAGAAUGUGACCUUCAGCUGGAUGCUCUUAAGCUUGAUUGGGAUAUGGAAAUUACAUUCUCUGUCUCUGGGAAGGGAGGAGAUGCAGUUUAAACUACUCUUAAUGAUCUUUCCAAUGUUUUUUCCUUCACACACAUAUACCCCUCACAUUCCCAGAAUAUAAUAUAAUAUAAUAUAGUAAGGGAAUAUUUAAAGAAUCGACUUUCCCAAUGUAUUGGUUGCCCAACUGUAUCUCUCCAUCUGUGCUGCAAGCAAGAUGGAAUGAUUAAUUCGAUCUUUUAAUAGCAUGUGGUCAGAAUAAGAGAUGUUGGAAUUCACAAGCAGUAAAAGUAGAAGCUGUAAAGAUGAUAUUGGGUAUUGUGAAACAGUAUAUCCUGUACUAUCUAGGAAUACGAUGAUACAGUCAGUACUGUCUUGAAAAUAAAAAUUAAAAUAUUUUCUCUUUUGAAAGGUAUAGAUCAUAGUGGAAAGUAUAAAUUCGUUUCUGUUGUUUUUUUAAUUUUUCUGGUGAGAUGCUAAAAUGCAGGUGGCAAUAUUUUGCUUUUGGUUUGGAUUUCUAGUUUGGCCAUAAGUAGAUCAGUCUUUCCAGUUUGAUCAUAAGUAACGAGAUCACUCUUUUCUUCAGUUUCUGCAUAUGAAAGUGCUGAUGAAUCAUAGCAUCAUCAAAUCAUUUAGGCUGGAAAAUUCCACAACAUUUAACCCACUCUGCCAAGUCCAUGACCAAACCAUGUCCCUAAGUGCCACAUCUACAUGUUGUUUAAAUACCUCCAGGGGUGGUGACUCAACCACCACCCUGAACAGUCUGUUCAAAAGUUUGAUAACCCUUUCAGGGAAGAAAUUUUUUCCUAGUAUCUGAUCUAAACCUCCUGUGGCACAGCUUAAGGCCAUUUCCUCUUGGCACUUAUUACAUGGGAGAAAAGAUAUACCCUCUCCUUGCUAAAACGUAGAUAAGAUAUACCCCCUCCUUGCUUUCAGGUAGUUGUAGAAAGCAAUAAGGUCACCCCUGAGCCUCCUUUCCUCCAGGAUAAGCACCCCCAGCCCCCUCAGCUGCUCUACAUCUGACUUGUACUCCAGACUCUUCACCAGCUCCAUUGCCCUUACCUGGACAUACUCCAGCCCCUCAAUGUUUUCCUUGUCAUGAGGGGCUCAGAACCAAGCCAGGAUUUGAGGUGUGGUCUCAUCAGUGCUGAGCACAGAGGGACAAUGGUCCUGCUGGCCACACUAUUGCUGAUACAGUCCUGGAUGCUCAUUGGCCUUCUUGGCCAGAUGGACACACAUUGGCUCAUGUUCAGAUGCUGGCACCAGAACCACAAGGUCUUUUUCCACUGGGCAGCUUUCCAGCUGCUCUGACCCCAGCUUGUAGCACUGCAUGGGGUUGUUGUGAUCCAAACUCGGGAUCUAGAAGCUGGCCUUUUUGAAUCUCGUACCCUUUCAAUCAAUCCAGCUGGUCAAGCUCUCACUGUGUAGAGCCUUUCUGCCCUCCAUCAGUUUGACACUCCUGCCCAACUUGGUGGCAUCUGAAAACUGGCUGAAGGUGCACUCGAUCACUUCAUCCGGACCAUUGAUAAAGAUGUUAAACAGGGCUGAUGCCAAUCCUGAGCCCUGGGGAGCCUCACUUGUUACUGGCUACCAGCUAGAAGUAGCUCCAUUCACCACCACACUCUCUCCAUGGCCAUCUAGCCAGGAUUUUACAUAGCAAGCAGUAUGUCUGUCCAAGUCAUGAGCACCCAGUUUCUCCAGGAGAGUGCUGAGUUUCAGCAGAAGCUGAAUAUCUGACUUUCCACAUUUUCUGAGCUGUGGGCACUCAAAAUUAAGGUUUAUGAUGGAACCUUUCUUCCAUGCAAGGUGUGGGGACUUGCGUCCUUAGGAUUAUUUCCACAGUAUUUGAGAUCAAAUCAAGAAUAUUAGCUGUGCUUUUCUUCUUCUUCUUCUUUUUCUUCUCUUUCUACUCUUCUCUUUCUUCACCUUCUCCUCCAAUUUCACUUUCCUUUUUCCUUUUCUUUUUAUUUCCUUUUUCCUUUUCUUAACUCUGCUGGGAAAUAACCAUCAUUUACAGUUUUCUGACAUGAGGUUUCUGCUCUGCAGUCAGUUAUGACAUUUACUUAGACUGUAAUGGUGUGACAGCAGCAUCAUGCUUUGCUGAUUCAUAUUUUCUUCAGCAUUUCAAACUCACUGCCAUUACCCUGGUUUUUGGUCAAAACUGUAACCCAAAUGCUAAUUUUUCUUAGUUAGACAUGAAAUUUUAAAUCCUUAAAAAUUCUGUGCCACAUUUCAUGCAGAUAACUGUCAAGUUUUUUGAGAUAUAUUGGAUGUGGUCUUUCCUAGGGAAGACCUUUUCUGAGAUUACUCACAUUUAAUUUUGGUUUCUUUGGUUCAUUUCAUUUAUGGCUUCUUCACUGGAUUUCUGAACAUGAUUUGGAGAAAUCUACAUUUAUUUUGGACUUCAGUGAGCAGGAAAAGUAUCUUUAAAUGUCAAAUGUUUGGUUAAAAUGAAACUUUCACUGUAGGGAAAUAGCACUUGGAAAUAGGGAAUUGCACUUGGGAAGGCUUUUGUAUGCUCGGAGGUAUGUCUGAGAGCAAGGACUUGAAAUAGUUUCCUACAUCCUGGGGGAUGUAAAGCCUUGUCAGAUGCAGCUGUUUGGGAAAUCUCGGAGCCCAGACAAUCUUCAGUUCCUGGUAGAGAAUGAGAAAAUAAUUCUAAUGUCUCAAACUUUUGCAGGAUGGGAAAAUGCAUUCUGCAGCUACUAGACUAUGCAGAGCUAUUUCCAUUGCCCCUAUUUAAAUAUCCUAGGAUAAGCUUCUCUUUUUCAUCUCUCAUUUCACAAGAGGAAAAAAGUAUAAUUACAUGGUGACAUGACUUGAAAAGCAUUGGGAAGUUUUACAUAAAAUGACAUUGCCCAAGGUAUUGCAGAAUUACAGUUGCCCAGAGGGAGGGAGUAUGAGAAUAAGCAUCAGUAAAUCUGUUCAAAAGAUAAUCAGAUGCUUUUUCUUGAUUUAAAGAUACACCUGUAUAUAACUUCCCUAUCUUUAGUGUGACUGGAGUGAAAGAGAAGAAAGCCAAAGAGUAAGACUUAAUAGGUAAAUAUAUAAAAGGAAUGAAAGAUAAGCAGAGCAGAGAAUACAAAUGGAAAAAUCCCCUUUUCUAUACUUGUGAUAGUAUUUUCCCAUGUAAAAAAAGAUAUGGGUAAAUGGAGCCUUUAAAUAUAUGCAUAUGUAGGGAAGAUUAUUUUUUUCUUGGAGCUAGCAUCAUGUUUCUUCUCACGAUAUUUUUAACAAAUCCAGUAAUCUUUCAUAUGCAGGCUGUGUCUGUUCAGUGCAGUGUAAGGAAUUAGUGGGAUUUCUUAAUAUUAUUGCAACAACCAUUUUGCACUUAUUUCAGAAAACCCAAGGUUAUACUUUUGUGAAUUGCCUUUUAUGACUGAGGCUGAGACUGCUCACGUAUGGGUCGCUGUCACUGAGCUGAGUUAGUGCUGUGCCUUGUUAGUGACAGUGCUGCCCCCACAGCUCUCCAGUCCAGCCUCAUGGCAGCAGAGCCCUCCCUCCCAAGUGAAGGCAAUGCUUCAUGGCCUCAUCCAAGUCCCCUGCUGGCAUCUGUCCCAACACAAAAUGAUUGCACAGUGAAGCGAAACAUGCCAUGUGUGGUGUAACGUCAGUGGGUAGUCAGGUGCCAGAUAUUUUUGCACAAGUUUGUCAAAUGUACUAUCAGCCUUUAUCUGACAUAAUUUUUAAGACUAGUGUUUCUCCAGAAAAAACAAACAAACAAACAAAAAUCUUUCUUAAGGCAGGAAUAGCAAGAAAGUGUAAGACAAGAACUAGUGUGUGAUGGCAGGAGUUGCUUGAUGUCUGUUGGAAACUUGCAGAGUCAUAAUUUCACUAAUAUAAUUUGUAGAUGUAAGGCAACUUUUCCAUCUCUUGAUUCCUUCUCUAUCACCCCAUGCCCCUCCCAGGGAUCAAAUGCUCUCCUUUUCUACACAUUUGGUUGGGAACUUUACUCCCAAGAGCAGAUUGUGGGCAAACUUGAAUUCCUGAUUAAUUUUUAGCAGAUUUUCAUGCUACACUGUGGUAUUUUCCAUCUAACUGAUUUGUAUAAUGGUGUGUUCAAUCUAUCUAUUUGGCACUCGUAAAAAAAAUUAAAUUCAAAUAUCUUAUCUUCAGAUUAAUUUUGGCAAAAGGAACAAAGUACGCAGGAAUGGCAAACAUGGCCAGAAGUGAGAUUCAGGACUUGGGAACUGCACCCUCUCAUCUACUGUUGCUUUCUUUUACCUUAGGGCAGCUCCAUAUUUGUUAGGAUCAAAUUUCCUAAUAUCUCUGUCAAAAUCAGCCUGAACUUGUAUUGAAAAAAGCUCAUGUAUAUGCUUCACCAAACCGUUUUUCAAUGCAGCCUUAUUUCCCAUUGUCUGAGAGAAAGGCGAUUCUGAAAUGUCAAGACAAAUUCCCAAAUUAAAAGUCCUCUUUGAUUUUCUCCAUUCUCAUCCUCCUCUUUCUUGGGGAAGAGGUGGCAACAUCCAGCUUUUUUGCUGUGUAUGAUCAAUGAUCCUGAUGCAUAAGGUUUCCUGGAGGAAGAGGUUCUUCACACACAGAGUGAAGGCAGCAUAAAUCAGUUUGGAAAAUUAACAUCUAUAUAAUUUUUGAAAUCCCCAGCUAUCUUUUUCUCCAUGCAGCCCUUCUGCCAAGUCUAGCAGCAUCACAGAGUCCAAGACUAACAGUACUGAGCAUCCUAUUAGACAAAUAAAGCAAAAGCACUCAGGCUCCAGUAGAAAGAUGUAUGAAAAUGCAUCUUCCCUUGGCUCUUGUAACCAGGCAGGACUUCUUCACUUGCAAACACACCAGUCAUAUGCCCUGAAAAACAGGGCACUGAAAAUACAUGUGCAAGUGGAGAGGAAAUAUUUUUUUGAUUACUUUGGCAAUAGCUGUAGCUUACUUUUCUAGCAGUCUGUGGAUCAGUGCCUUGACUCACCCCACCAAACCAUGGUUGAUUUGCACCUGUAAGUAGCAGUGCCAGUGUCCUCACCUGGGUCCUUUUUUGGCUUUGAGGACAAUAUCACCAUGCAGAGAUUUAUGAUUGAGGUGUAUUUAAUUGCUCAGAGCUGUAUCUCUUUCUCCGAAACACCUAGAGGUGGGGGGAAGGUGAAGAGAGGGGAAAGGGGAAUUUAGCUCUUAAAAAUGACCUCAUCUUGACCAAAAAAUUUCUUCCCAUGUAUUAUUUGAAAGUCUAGCCCUUCCUUCUGCUUCUCCUUUCACACCGUGCUUUCCACACAUGCUUCUCCCUUUAUCUGCACUUAUGCUGUCUUUCCAAGAAUCACUAGAAGAAAUGCAGAUAGGUGUGUCAUGCAAAUUAAAUUUUUAGUGUAGCUUUCCACUCCCCUUCCCACUGUUAGAGAGAUGUCUUUUGACAAGUCUUGUAUUUUUGAGUGCCAAAAACUCUUGCCCUGAACAGCUGCCUUAUUUAGAGUAUUGUUAUUUUUCUUUAGUAAAAAAUAUUUCUUUCAGGACUGUAAUGCUGGCAUCAUAACUUUCAUCUUAUUAUUGCACCAGUUAAUCUUACAUAUUUUCUAAUAUGUGGAGGCUUUUUUAACUAUAGUUAGGUCUUGCUGUGGAUACUCAUGCUCCAAACUUGUGAUAUUGGACUCUAAUAAUACCUGUUGCGCUCUAGUACUUCCUCAAGGCUCCAGAGCGUGUUCAUGAGCUGAAAAAACAAGAAGGAAAAUGAGCUGUUCUGCUCAUUUGUAGUAUGACUUCUGCAUGUGUUAAAUGAGAUAUCUAGGAACAAGUCCUGUAAUGGAUUUUGGGAGCUUGUAUCUCAGCCUGCUGUGAAGGGGUUGUCAUCUUGCCUGUAAAUGUUAUCACUUCAUCCCUGUAAGCAAGCUGGCAUGCUUAUCGAAAAGCUAAACAAAUGUUAUAAAUUUAAGCAGCCUUAAGUUUGGUUGUUUUUUUAAAGUUGUUUUCAUUGGCGAUUAAAAAAAAUCAUAAGUCUGGCUCAGCAGAUGUUUGCUGCUAACUCUGAAGAAAUGUCACUUGUUCCUGUGUUGACAGUGUCAGGAAGGGGUGAGUAAACAGAUUAUCUCCUUAGCUGGCUGAGCACUCUGCUUCUCUAGUAGGCAUAUCUGCCAGCUCCCCUCCUUUUGUGUAAUUUGCUGCCUUGCUGCACUUUGGCUAUUUGUCCAGGCUCUCUGGAUAUACCUUGGCUGGAGUUACAACACUGGUUGGGUUCCCAGGUGUUCAGGCAGCCCAGACAAAUUUCUGCUGAUGUGUGGGAGCUCUGCUGCCUAGUGGAAAUGUCUACUUUACGGGGCAUAGGCUGAGUGUGCAUUCCCCUGAAAUACAGGGAUGGCACUUCUGUGAGCUUCUAGAACUGGUGAGUUGUUGUUUGCUGUUUCACUGGCAUGCAGCAUUUCAGGCUCUGUGUGUGUCUUGCGCAUCGGUUAAACAAGAAACUUAUGUGUGCUGGGGUUUUGCUGUGCUUUUGUGAGCAGUUGUUACCAGUCAGAUUCCCUGUCAGUGCCUGCGUGGGAGCCUUAUUAAAUUAGGUCUUCCCCUGGCUUCUGAAAUCUUUACAGCCUGCUGUUCCACUAAUAGCAUCUUGAGAUACCUAUGAGUUUGUAGGGCAAAGGACACAUUUCCAUGGUUUGGUUUCUCCUGCUGUUCUGGUUCUUCAACACCUUUCUCUUCCCAUGAGUAACUCCAGGGCCAGCCUCUCCGAUACCUCCAUUUCCUCAUGAUUCUUAACAAAACCUGGGAGGCUUGUCGCCUGUCUGAUGCAAAACUCCAGCUGUGUUUGGAAACAAAUGCUGUCCCUGGACAGAUAAGUCUCCCUUACACAAUGCAUCCAGCCAUCCAAGGUACAUUGGACCCGUUGGCCGUGUGCCGGUGGACCUUCAUAUGUGCAUGCCACUUGUUCCUCAGCAGAAGGCCGGAUGGUCUCAACUGCUGAAACCAGCAGGAUGCCUUUUCACAGAAGGACUAGUCAGGCUGGUUGCCACCUACCUGCUUUCCAGCCUUAAAGGCCUUCAAUCUUGAUUGCAUAUUGAUGUUCGUUAGGAAAGUGAUUGGAAGCAGAAAAGAUUUUGGUGUGCAAAUUUGGGAAGAAAAUUUGCAUUAGAAAAAUCAUUUGUGCAGGCUCAGGACACGCUUGAGGCACGCACAGUUUGACUGGCUUAUCUGUCAGGAUUUGAGUACAUAAAUUGUCUCAUGUUGGGAUAGUCCUAGAGUGAUGUUUGAAUCCAGACCCUGUUUGUCUGGUUUCUGCCAAACCAGAAUUUUACGGAGAUGUUUCUGUAAGGCACACAAAAAAAGCUGUUCCUAAAAUCUGCAUGGGUUCCCCAGCAGUUUACUGAUUGCCUCUCUGGUGGAAAAUUAAUUAUUUUUCUACAUCUGCUUAAUGGCUAUUAUCUCAACAUCGCCACAGUAUAAAUCAGAGAAAAAGAGUCAGAAUAUUUUGCAAUAGGAAAAACUACUCAAUAAUUCUGUGGUACACUAAGCUAUAUGAUUUCUUUAAUCCAUCUAGAAGAACUUGAUCGUGCCUUGUCCUGUGGUGUUAGAUGAGGACUGGAAAUUACAGUUUGCCUUCUUUUCUCACUCGGUGUUGCUAUACAGGAAUGGCUCCAAACUUGGAUCUUGUUAUUCAGUCAUGAAAUUAAAUAUUCAUUGUUAGUUCUUUUUAUUUUGUUUCCAUCUGUGCUUCUGCCAGUUACCUUCAGGCCUAAUAUUUGCAUGUAAAUUAUUCAGUUAUAGGAGGAAUGAAAAAAACCAAAAAACUGUUGAGAUUUGUCUGUAGGGAUCUCUCCAGCACAAAUACCACCAAAGUUCCUGCACUAUGUGGCCAGUUUGCAAGGUGCAGGCAGGUCCCAGCAUGGCACCUCACAGGUGGACACUGACCAACUUUUUGUAUGCCUUCAGCUGUGCUCAAAUCUUGCCUGAUAAGUACAAGUUACUGAUUUGGACAAUCUAAAUUCUACCCUUGGCCUUCAAGAUCUUAAAAAGAACGAUAAUGAGGAAGUUAAUAGAAAGAAAUUAUAUUUUAAUAUCCAUAUGACACAUAAUGUGCCACAAUGCAGAUACUGGAUUAGUAAGGUAGAAGAUGGAACUUUGUAAAAAUUUGAUGCAAUUUGAUUUAAACAAACUUCCAAUACUUUUUUCUUCCUUUUUCCCUUGGCCUCAAGCACAAUGUACUGUAAAGUUUUCAGAAUACCAAAGCAAGCUAUUCUCAAGGGAAGCUCUUCUGAGAUUUGCAUUGUCCAUGUUCACAUGAUGUCUUUCUGAAAAAAAAAAAAAGAAAAAGUUUAAUGCUUUUGUUUUGAUUUGGCUACUUCAAUGACCGUCAUCCCCGCUCCAGGGCUGCGAUUUUGCUGUCAGGAAAUGGCCAUUGCUAUGGAACUGGUCAUUGAUAUGGGUCUGCAGACUGUCUUAUUUCUCUGUGGUUUUGGCAGUUGCAGGGGCAUCCUGACAGCCCUGCUUUAGAGUCCCUUGAAAAAUUAGUAUUUUUUAAAAUUACAGAAUUGCCUUACAUUCUUUGUAGUAUUGAAUUUGUGUGAGGAUAUCUAUGUACAUGGAAUUUAUUUCUGAUUAAGGACAAGUAUAUUUAAAAGGAAAAUAUUUUUAAAUAGCCUCAUCUUAGGACAUAAUAAAUCUUCCUUAUUUUCCUGUUUUAGGGUUAUCCACUUGCAAGGUAAACAGGCUUAUAUCGUCCCGAUACGUUGGAAUGCAGGCAGAACCUGCAGCUUGAGAGGAGCUUCUCUCAGCCACUGGUGUGAUAAAGAACCACCUAAGGACUGCAGGCUGGUUUCUUUGAACCCAAAGGGAAAUUAACAGCUACUGCUUGGUCAGGGGAUUUCAUUAGCACUGGGCUGUACUGUUCUCAUGUCCCACGGAGAUACCACUGGCAUUAUUCCUCUGAACUUGAGAUCAGUAUGUACCUCCUUACCAGGAGCAGAGGGAGAGAGAGAACUGGGGUGGUUUAAAGGAGUUGCAAGAAGUGCCAGAGGGAACCUCUCUGGGCAUUGCAAAGCCAGUGGGUCUCCACUGCCUCUGCCUGGGGGGCUGUGAGGCUCCAGCUGCACUCAGCUCAACCUCUCACACAAAAUAAACUAGUAUCUGCUGAAAACCACGCUGAGCCCAGGUCUGCUUUGAAAAUUUCAUGCUGAGUUUCAUCACUGAAGUGGUGUUUUAACACUGAAAAUUGGGUGUACUGCAAAUUCCACAUGGAGUUCUGUAGGGAACAGGGCACUAAUAAACUGCCUUUCACUGGAGUUGCCCCUGGAUAUACACAGAGCCUGUAUUUGAUCUUGGCCACUUUUGCUGAAAUAAAUAGUAGUUGUGAAUCAUUUAAAUGGAGAUUGAUUUUACAUUAAGACAUCUAACUUGAUGGAAACGGUACAUAUUUUUUAAAUUAAUAACAAUUAAGAAUUAAUUGAGGAGUUUGUUUUUGUCCUGUCCCUCUCUCCUCCCCAGUGUAUUUCAGAUUUUCUCUUUGCAUUUCCCACUUUGACUGAAGUGAGUGGAUAGACUGAGUUUUGCCAUGAAGUGUUGUGUCUAUACAAAACCAUGUUAUGUGGAAGCUGUACCUACUGGAAAUAAAACAGAUAAUGACCCCUUA